AUGUCACUUACCAGCUCACCGGGUGCAUCCCAAGUCCAUGUCACUGAUGCAAGAAGCAGAUCGACGCACACCAACCCCGUCAUUGUCUUUGAUGCCACAACGCAAGAGGAGGCUGCCCUUCGCAUCUACGCAAAUGCAGAGGCGUCAGACAAUCCCGUGUCCAGUGAGGUCGCGUCGCACAUAGGCGGGCAGGGGAAUCUUCUCUGUCGGAAGUGUGAUGCUGGCGGGACUGACAGAGAAAAGGAAAGUAAUGAUGGAUUCGAAAAGCUUUUCUCCCCCGGCAACUUACGGAACAAGGAUGCGAUCAUAGAGCAACUCAUACACCAGAUAUUUGAGGCCUGUUCUGGAGUCGCAAAACGUGUUCAGACAUCGCAGACGGAGACUGGAGUCAAGGACACUUACACGCAAUACUUCAUUGAGAAGAUCAUUGACGAAGCCCGCACCCUUCGGGAUAUGCAACCUGAGAUGACUCUCGAUGAAGUCCAGCAGUUCCUAUGGGCGAAGCAUGAGCCGAACAUGAAGGAGAUGCUCAGUCCGUUUCUCACCCUGGAAGGUUUCGACCCGUCGCAGGAUACCCCUAUCGAGCUUCUACACACAAUCCUGCUUGGUCUAGUCAAAUACGCCUGGCAUCCGACGCACACGAAGUGGAACACCAAACAGAAACAGACAUAUGCUUUACGCCUCCAGGCAACAAACCGGGAUGGUUUGUCCGUCCACCCUAUUCGCGCUAACUAUGUCAUGCAGUACGCAAACUCCUUGAUUGGUCGCCAGCUGAAGACAAUCAUCCAGACCGCUGUCUUCCAUGUCCAUGACCUCAUAUCAGAGACGAACCUCGAGCAAUAUCUGGCUGAUGUGCAGGUUGCGAUUGCCAACGUCCUCGACGUCUUUGCAGGAAUGGACCCGAGCAAACUGUUAGAGAAGAUCAAGUUACAUCUACUCAAUCACAUUUGCAAGGAUAUCCGUCGAUUUGGUCCUCUGCUGAACGAGAUGACAGAGUCCUUCGAGUGCUUCAACGCCAUCUUCCGUGCGUGUUCUGUUCUAUCAAACCAUCUCGCUCCAAGCCGUGAUAUCGCGAACCAAUUUGGCGACCUCGAGGGCUUCAAGCACCGCUUGACUGGUGGGUGGUGGGCCGACGAUGAAGGCGGAUGGAUCCGUGCUGGGACUGGAGUACGGGACUUCAUGCAGACGCGCCCCAUGCUCCAGACACUACUCGGGUGGUCUGAUCCUGAGGGGCUCGCACCAGGCACUAUCAAGCUCGCGCCUCUUCCUGCUGGUUGUCGCCACCGCCCGGAAGUCAACCUCCUCGAGACUGACGCCGCGCAUGCGUUGAAUCUCGGAACGUAUGAAGACACAACUCGCUGGCUUCGUUGCACAUCUGCCGUCUCACAGAGCAGUGACGAAUGCUUCCUACAGUCGUGGAUAUAUGCUGACUCCCCAAUCGAUGGACAACCAAUAACUGGGCGCAUUGCUGGCAUCUUCGCGCGUGGUAUGCCGAACGCCGAGGAAGCAAUUGCUGUCCUUGACGUAUACCAUGUCUCGUCUCAGCGUCAUGAUGUCUAUGGCAUGCCUGUCCUAAUCCGGCGGCAAGGAGAGGCUCAAUCGGUGAUUGUACUCGUCAAGAACCUCAAGUUCAAGUACAACGUUCAGCACGACUGCGCAAAUGGGAGAUGUUCUCCCAGUGGCGCACGGCCGCGUAUGCAAGAACGACGGGCCACAACAAUCAUGGAAGACUUCAUUGAACACGGUGAACUCGAUCAUUGGAUCAUCAACACCCUCAGCUUCCAUAAUGCGCACUUGAUACGGGACAUGUUACCGCGCUCGCUCUGGGCGCCCAUUGCACUCCACGAAGACCGAGAGGUCAAGCAUAUCGAAUUUGCGACAGCCUUACGAGAGCAACGACACACGAAACGCGCAGCGCAGAAAGCGAAGGCUGAAGCGAAGAAAGCAGCAAACCAAGCCGAGCGUGAUAAUGGGAUGGCAAACGGCGAGCCGAGUCGUCCGAGAAAACGCAAGCGACAGUCCGGGGUUGAUAUAGGAAUGGACAUAGAUACUUGACUGAUAUCACUACGCUUACGUGCAUGUAGUCUACACCGGGAUUCAAUGAUAACCUGCAAGGUGUUUGCGUC